UGGUUUACGUUUCAUACAAAUAUUUUAAUCUCCCAUAUUGUACUACAAAAUUCGAUAAAAAGAUGUAUAAGAAGCAUAGAUUUAACAAAUAAAUUAUUAUCCUAAUUGCGUUUUGAGAAAUUGUCACAUUGCCAAUAGACGUAAGCCAUUCCAGUAAUCAACCUUGAUAGAAAAAUUUAUUAUAAAAUAAGGAAACUGAAUCAAUUCUGCUUCAGAACACACUACAAAGUGAACGAAUGCACAUUAGAAGUGAGUUUGUCCAGUUGUUGAUGUGAUAAAAGUCACAAAAUUUUCACUAUGGUGUCACGAGCUAUUCUAUUAAUUCUACUAAUUGUGAGUUGUAAUGCAGCGAAGUUUCCUUCAAAUAUUUCAAGAUGCCAACAUGAAGAUUCGAAUUGCAUGACGCAAGUGGCACAAAACCUCAUCAAGGACCAUUAUAAUGGAUUACCAUCCUUAAACCUACUACCGCUCGAUCCUGUUACCAUCAAAACCAUAAGUAUCGAAAAUUCUGGAAAUAAAGCUGUCAACAUACGACUGGUUUUCCAUAAUGUUACACUUCAUGGAUUGAAAGAUAUCGCAAUUAAGAAAAUAACAGGCUUCCCAAAGGACUUCGAGGGAUCUAAGAAUGAAGUAGAAUUCAUAGCUCCAAUUAUUCAACUCGUUGGGCAGUAUUCAAUAAAUGGAAAAGUCCUUAUUCUUCCAAUUCAGGGUAAUGGUCAAAGUAAUUUUACCUUAGAAAACGUUAAGAUCCGAGUAAGAUUUACGGGUAAAAAAGUCACAAAGAACCAAAAAGACUACUUCCAGACCGAUGACACAAAAAUUACAAUGACCACAACAAAACUCUGGCUAAACUUUGACAAUCUCUACAAUGGUGAUAAACUUUUGGGAGAAACAACUAAUGCAUUUCUUAAUGAGAAUUGGAUGGAUAUAUUUAAUGAGCUAAAACCUGAUAUAUCAAAAUCCUAUGCAUCUGCCAUUCAAACUAUUAUCAACAACAUCUUUGCCAAAUUACCAUACAGAGAGUACUUUAUUGAAUAGUAAAUGACUCAACUCACGUUAAUAUGCAUUUGGUUGAUAAUGACUUUUAUGAAAAACUUUUGUGUUUCAUGAAAUUAAUAAGAAUUGAUGUUUAUGUCUUAUAUAUGUUAUAUAUUCUGAUUUUUCUUUACACCAGAAAUUAUACAAAAUAUUUGAGAUAUGUUUUUUAAUGAAUAUAUAAAUUUUCAGCAAUA